AUGGACCUCCUUCGGAUCACUGUGGCUCAAACGCCAAGUGGUGCAGUACUUCAUCCCGAGCUGAAGGACAAAGCGAGCGGGGGCUGCCAUCUCAAAGUCCAGUAUGGCUCCAUUGGAACACUGUCCGAGAUCACGGCCGAUGCUGUGCAAGAGCUACUCCAGAUGAACAAGUCCAUCAAAUGGUACAUGGAGGAGUUUGUAAUUCAUCUUCCGUUCCAAGAGCCAAGGGCCCAGGAAGUCUCCGCAAGCCUGGCAAGAUAUGCGGCAUUGUUAAUCGAGGCGCUCCAGUUAGAUUUGGGUGCCCCGGACCGCAACGCUUUACACAUUGUCAUCCAGGUUAUGGAAGAUGCCAUAGUCCUCCCAGAUGACUGCAUUGAAAUUGGUGCUUUGCGCUGGGAGGUUCUCCAGAACGUGGAUCUAUGGCCCGGUGAGGCCAAGCCCGCGAGCGUCUCUGUAGUGCGCCUUUUGGGAGUCCCGGCGAGAGAAGUUCCUGUGGUUUCGACUGACGAACCUGACUCGGCAUCGACCUUCAAUAUACUCGCACUGACGGCGCGUCCACGUUCUGUGGACGACAUACCGCACAGACUCAUCACUAAAUCCAUAUACGAUGUCGUUGACAAAGCGAACACAAAGGUAGACGCCUGCGGAUCAACGGGUGAACGCCGCACAACACUCACCAUUGUGCGACCAGGCUCGCUGGACGCCUUGAAGCGAGAACUAAACAAAAACAAGCGAUACGAUGUCGUCCAUCUCGACUUACACGGCAAAGUCGAGGACCACAAGGCAUAUGCUUUAUUCAUCAACGAGAUCCAACGUGACGCCCACAUGGUCUCGGCGAAAGAUCUCGCCUCGCUUCUAAGCAGCCACGGGAUCCACACUGUGAUCCUCAAUGCGUGUCAGUCCGCUGUUGAAGGCGAAGGCCCGGCCGCCAAUCUUGCCAAAGCUCUGAUCCAACACGGCAUCCAGAUUGCCAUCGCCAUGGCCUACAAGGUCUUGGAUGUCACCGCAAAUCUCUUCGUCUGUAGCCUCUACGAUCAGCUGCUGCGAUUCAACCAGUCCCCUCUCCUUGCUGUUCAGGCCGCGAGGCAAUGUCUCAUGAACAAGCGCACCAAGAAGACCAGCUACUUGACUGAAGUCCCUCUCGAUGACUAUCUCGUGCCGUCAGUGUACAUUCGACACAGCGACGCCAGUUGUGUCGCUAGUGGGCUGAGUCUUUUAAAUCUCGAGAUGCUGAGGACGAUCCCACCCGAGCUACCUCCAGAUAGGUCAGUCGACGUCGACGUAAACCUGGUAGGGAGGGAGGGAGACCUCUUGAUGCUUGAAACAGAUCUCAUGCUGGAGUCGUGCGUCACAGCUAUCGAGGGGCCUCCUGGUGUCGGAAAGUCGGCUUUGAUCAACAAGGCAGCCGAGUGGUGGAAGUCGACGGCUUUCAUCGAUAAAGUCGUUAGAGUUGGCUUUGAAGACUUGCAGUCUCCUGAAUGUCUGAUUGGAUUUCUGAAUCAAGAGUUCGGCACGGACUUGACAAAGCUAGACACGCAGCUGGAAGAUGCCAAGGCCAGAGGACGGCGUAUCCGGACAAAAAUCAAGAACGUGUUGGCACCAACGGAACCGAAGCGGAGAGGCGGCGCGAGAGGAAACCUCCCAAAGACGGCCAAGGCGAAGCCCGAAACGGCGCGCAAAAGCAAAUUCUCAAUGCGGCACUCCAAACUCCUUGUCAUCUUUGACGGGGUCGAAGCCUGUGGUCCUCGCAAACUAUCCGAGCCUGUCCUGGAACUGAUGGGCUACUUCUUGGCUGUCUUCCGGGACGCACAAGUCAGUCUCUCCGCGCCAGACCUGGACCCAGCCGCCCAAGAACCAACAGCCCCCAGUCCCUACACGAGUUUUGUAGUAGUCACCACGAGACGCAUGCCCGAGAUUGCCGUUUUAAACCCACCAACGACAGAGUCCACAGGAACAAUACCGAAUACACAACAAGCUCAAAGAGUGGUGCGCAUGCUGGCACCCCUGGACGAGGACAGAACCUUGCUGCUUACGAGACACAUACUCGAGAAGACCAACCGACAUCCAGAUGUCAAGGACUGGGAGGGCCUCCUUGUUCGGGGACAGCUGGGCAAGCUCGUGCAGGGAAAUCCCCUAGCCCUCAAGAUGUUGCUGGGCGCGUUCAAUCCCAACGCCCACAAUCUUGUCGGUUUCAUGCAGGCUCUGUUUCGCGGAGACGGGAUAUGUCUCGAUAGCAGUUCGUCGGAGACAAAUCAUGACGCUUCAGCCGCACUUCCAGACUUGACACAAGCCGUAGACGACAUCCGGCGUCUUCUUGACUCUGUCGAACAAUCUUCGAUGGUGAUUCGGGCAUUGUACCCUUUCUGGGCUCCUUUUCAGCUCCAGACUAUACAGGACUACCUCUCGUAUAUUGACCUUGAAUAUCAAAAGGGUAAGCGAAAGUCGAUUAAUCGGUACGCAGUAUUCGGGGACCAAGAGCUGGAACUCCUCUUCAGAAAAAAUCAGGAACUUCCCAGCUCCAACAGAGAUAUCGCAAUGACGAUCCUACAGCCUUUCAUCGACGAGGGCUUUGUUGUCGUGGGGAAAGCAGUCGACAAGCAGGGCCAGUCCGAAAGCGACUACAUCACGCUGCAUCCACUGAUCCCGCUCCUCUUACGGGACGAGAGUCGCAAGACCGAUGAUGCAUACAGCAUGGCGCGCAAAACAGCGCACGCCGUGAUGCCCAAGCUCUUUCGCUACCGGAUCAAGACGUGGCCGAAGCAUGCCGCAUACUGGAAGAAGGCGUGGGACAGCCCACGCGAGACGCUGCGAUGGGAGUUUUUCGACUUUCUAGGCGCGACGUACCGGGUCCUCGACAUGCGGUCAAGCAUCCUCACCAUCACCAUGCUUGUAGACUUGGCGCAUGUAACCAACAAGGGCCUGUUCUGGGAUGCUGGACGACGGCCGCUCAUGGCGGGCUUUUGGCGGACGGCCACCGAUAGCAUGCACCGAGAUGGGCAUGACAUUCACGAAGCGCCUCACCGGCCAGGCUUUGUGCCCCUGACCGACUCGCUGAUGCGAAUCAUGGGCGGUACGAGAGGUGGUCGCGGCGGGGUCGGCGUACGAUUGCUCGCCGAAAUGCAGGCCAAGUUCUUGCGCCUGCAACACGCGCUGUCGGCUGAGCUGGCCGAGAUGGCCUUUUGCCUGGCGUUGGUCGACUACAAUACGCGCCAGGAUGAAGAUGCCGCGCGCAAGUGGUUCAAGCGGCUGAAGGAGACGUACCACCAUCGCACCAAGGUCCCUGGAGCAGAUGCUCAGAUACGGCUCAUGUUUGAUGACAUGCUGCAGAUCAUGGAGGUCUCCUUCGCCGCAUCGAAUCCGGCGCAGAACUUCAGCGACAAGCAGAUGGCGGCCAAGGCGGGUGCCCGCAAGACAAUCUACAAGAAUCUGGCACGAACAGGAUUCGAUACCAGCGGAUACGACGCUGGGGCAUGGAAGGCAGUAGCGCUGAGGGACAAGGAUGGCGACAGUGACGAUGAUGACGAUGACGAUGGCGAUGGCGGCAGUCAUGGCAUGUUGGGUUUGGGAAACUCUCUCCUAGGGCGCGACGAGGGUGUCUUUGUGGCGAUACUUCUAGCUCGGCGCCAAAUGGAAGCACGGCCAUCCAACGUUGCCGAGGCAAGAAGGCUUCUCUACAAGGCCUUCAGCAACGAUUUCGAGGUUGGCGAGAGCCCUGCCAACGCCGCUUACAUCCACCGAGCUCUCUCCGAGAUGGUCGAGGAGAAAGCAGCGAGACAGGCAUCGGGACAAGCGACAGAGACUGUCAAAGACGAAGAAACCCGACGGGACUACUGGCGCCGAGCGUUGUAUCACUGGGAACAAGCCUUGCAAGUGGAAAGCGAUGCUGGCUUUAAGAAGUCGGACGACCAAGUUCAAAAAGAGACUGAGAGGACAAUGAUGCUGAAGAAAGAGGUGGAUGGUGUUGAGAAUGCGUUGGAAGAUGUUUCUCAGAUUCCUACAGAUCCUUCUUCCUCAAAACGCGAUGGGAAAAGGUCAUGGAACCCCUGGAAGUCCUGGACGGCCUCGAGAGCAAAGAAAAAGGCGCAAAAAGCCGCCAUAGUAACCCAAUUCACGGCCGAAGCAAAGGGUAAACUCGAGGAUGCUCAGGACGCGCAGGACGCCCAGGGGGCUAUACGCAAAGGAAAAGCUGCCGAGUACAAGGCUGGCGAGAAGAAACGUGAUAUGAAGUUUUGGGCCAAGGCCGGUAAACGGGCUAAGACCAAAGGGCGUCCUGGACCCGAAGCCGAACCCAACAUGAUGCAGCUCAAGCUGAUGGCUCUCGGGCCUGUCGAGAGGCGGAAGGCCGAGCUCGACUCCAAGCCUGGGCCAGCAAAUCCCAAACCAGGCAGAACCCGCCGGCCGCAGCAAUGGAUGAGCAAAGAGGAAAUGGCUGAUGCAAAGGAACAGUUUUCUCUCAUCUCGAAGAACGGUGAAUACAUUACUCCCAAGGACAUGGCGGCAGUCCUUCGAACCUUGGACCAACCAAGGAGCGACCAAGAGAUUCAAGAGAUGAUUGAAGAAGUGGACACGACCGGCAGAGGGGUCGUGGACUUUGAAGAUUUCCUAAGCAUGGAAAAGCCAGACCAGGUGCCAGACACUGAACAGGAGCUGCGAGAAGCCUUUGGAGUGUUUGACACGAACAAGGAUGGCUUCAUCUCUCGAGAUGAGCUACGGGAUCGAAUGCUGUUGCUUGGCGAGAAUCUGACUGAUGAUGAGGUUGAUGAGAUGAUACGGGAAGCUGAUCUGGAUGGAGAUGGGAAGAUUAACUAUCGGGAAUUUGUCCAGAUGAUGCGUAGGGCAAUCUGA